AUGACCCCAGAAGAAUCGAUUGAACAGUGGGAGGCCAAGACAAUUCAGGGCGCAACAGGUAUGCAAACUGCUGUUGGUAUGACAUCCGUCAUUUUCUUUUUGAUGUUAAUAUCAAACAUCCACCGAUCUGUGAGCGGGAAAAUGAAGAGUUUUAUACAUGAAGUCGGAGCCACUGUGACGAUCGACUUGUUGGAUACUAUGGACCUUUUGGAACUUUUGUACGAAGAAGAAGAAAAACACACCCGCUGGGGAGGUGACGAAGAGAUUGUUUUCCGUCUCGUCUUGGCCAUUGUCGUCAUUAAUAUGUUAGUCCCAGUUUUCCCGUGCGCUAUAAUUCAUCGUGGCCGGACCCACACCAGUCAUAUGUUCCGUCGGCUAGUUCUCACUCAAAAAGUACUACAGAUCGUUUUGGUCAACUUGCUUUUCAUGAGCGUUCGUCUGAUUCUUUGGUCAAUGUACGGUGAAAAGUUCUCCGCUUUUAUCAUCAAAAAUGUUCUUAUGGUCGGCAUUCUUUCCACAGAUAUAUUCAAUGUCUACAUGGAGGCCCACGAGGAGAAACGGCGAGAGAAACACCAGAAGACCUAUUACGACACAAUCAUGGGCGUGGCUGCUCCGGUCAAGACAAAAUCGGUGAACGGGGAUUCAGUCGAGUUUGAAAUGAAGGAAGUCAUUGAAGCUGUAAUGUUUGCAAUGGAACUGAAAAAAGUGAACAAAAAACCUGAGGGUGUUGAAGCAUGA